AUGAGUGGAUAUCGAGGGAACGGGUACGGAAACGGAUACAGAGACCAAUACUACUCACGCGGCCGCGGUAGAGGCGGCCAGUACCCGUACAGACGGUCGUACAGAGACUCUAGCGGGCCGUACGAGGGGAACGAGUACAGCGAGUCUCACGAGGACCAGUACCACGGCGAAUACCGUCCUUCGCGCGGAGGAUCGUACCGGGGCUCGUACAGAGGACGCGGGCGUGGCCGCGGCGGGUACUACGGCGGGUACCAGGAGUAUUCGUACGACCAGGGGUACCACUACGACUAUCCUGAGGCGGAUGUGAGGUCGCGGUCAGGACCAAGCGAGACGAGCGGACAUAGUGAAUACGGGUCUGCCAAAGAAAGCAACGGGAGUGCGUAUCCUGCUUCGCGGAAUGGGAGCAGAAGCGCUCACGAGCCGAAACAGCCCGAGCCGGCCGUUUUGGAGCAGGAAAAGAACGAGGUGCAUUGGAUAACACGGCUGCGUGUUGGUGGAGAGAUGAAAAACUCGUUGAGCAAGCAGUUUGAAGAGCUGGACAAGAUCAACAAAAUUAUAGACCAGGCGGCCGAAAAACGGCUCCAGCUUGAAAUGGACGUGGAGCGGUACUCGCGCGCGGGAAGAAGCGAAGACGUGCGGUGCAAGCUGGCUGAGGAAAAAUUGGAGGCUCUUAAUUUUAUUUGA